AUGGCUCUUCCAGCUGAACCAGGGGAUUCCAAACUCACCGUCUUCCUCCGCCUGCCGUUCCCCAGAGGGAACUUUGUGGAUCCUCCACCUAUCGAAUGGGACGCAACAAAGGACCAGGCUCUUUGGGAUGUCUUGUCUCGGCCAUCCAAAGGAGAUGAUAUAGACUGGAAGACACUUGCACAUAGUUUCGGCGUGACUCUGCAGUUUCUGUUGCAGCAGGCUGCAUGGCUUUAUGACCGGCAGUUGACCCAGGUGCGCGCACAAAUGCGCAAGGUGGGCACGGCCCAGUCAAGUUCUCCGUCGCCAAUGCUUGGCUCGACAUCGGGGAGUGCUGCGUUGGGUGGUCAAUAUAAGGGCCAAGGAUCUCGUCCCCCUCCUAGUCGUCUCACAACACAACAGAAAGACGCACAGCCGCAACGGAUCAUUCCCCGGCGCACCAGUUCCAAUGCUACUAUUAACCAAAUCAAACAACGAGACCAAUCCCGCAAUGCCACACCUACGGCAGAGAUGAAAGACCCCAAACCAGAAGGUUCCGGCCGUCGACUUUCUGCAAAUAUACGCGAACAAGCACCACCUGCGCCGACUCGCAGAUCCCCUACUUUGGAAGAAGAGGACCUUUCAACAAGCUCAUCCGAGUCGGAGUCAGAUGAAGAAGAGGAGCUGGACAGCCGGCGGAAUCCCAGGUUCAAGCGCUUCGGAAAGUUCUCUAUGCAUCGACCGGGUCUACGAGACGAUGAAGAAGAUGACGAUGAUGACUCGCCAGCUUUCCUCCCUUACUCGCGAGAUGUUGAACACAGACCGCGGGAGCACAGUGGACAGGACCUUAAUGCAACCUUGCGUCUCAAUACCGGAAGCCCAGAUGUCUACCGACGGCGUUCAGCUGAACACCCACAGACUCCUCGAAAAUUCAUGGCAGCAGAAUCUUCAAUGAGCUCUGCGAGCUCCGGGGUCCCCGUGAGUCACCAGCCGGGUGACAACAGUCGACAAGCAAGUCAGCUGGCCAGCCCCCGGCGGUCGAAAGAAGCCAGCGAUGGCACGCCUAGUAUGGGGAGUAGCUUCAGUGAUCUUGAUGCCACGGAUGUUACACAGUCAGCGCUUGAGGAGGAACUACUCAGCAUGCAGGGCGGAAUGGCGAGUCGGAUGAGCACCAUUAGCCAAGCUUUGCGGAGUCGCUACCUGUAA